AUCGAGGACGGAAGAAUUGUUGAGGCGGCAUACUAACGUCUCGAGUAGUUUCUGGGUUGGCGUCAGGUUUGUCCGUCAUUGAAACGUCUUCGUUUGCAGUCAGUAAGGUUUAAACUCAGAGGUCGCUUGCUGUCCUUCAUCACCCGCGCCCCAAAUCUGCCUCCUGGGUCUUUAUCCUUCAUAUCCACGUCUUCUGUCCACUGGAGUUGAUGCUCCUGAGUCCUCACGUGCACUCGACAAGACUUGUUGCGUAUGUAAUCAAGCUAAUGCUUCAAAACUUGAAGCGCGCAUCCAGCAUGCGCAAACACGCGAUUAUAGUAUAUACGAUGUUCGCAUCCCAGAGCUAUUACACUCGCAUUGCAAUUGCGCCUGUCAUCCAUUCGAUCCUCGACCAUCCUCCCGUUGUUUGGAGGGACGAUGUCUGCAAAUACUACUACUAUCCACAUUUCCAGUAAGAAUCUCCUACUACUUAUUAAGUAUCUCGCCAUGAUGUAUACAUCGUGCUUCCUACCAGAUAUUGUCAUCCGCCUCGACGAUGCUUCGCACAAGAAGCUCGAAUUUGCCGAAUUGAAGCUUGAUUCACAGCGACCGGAAAUCCACCGUGUCUCAGACGAAGAUAGAGACCUUACUGCAAAGUUCGAUCCCGCUAUCGCGAUGACCACUGAGCGCGCUUCCUUGUCGGUACACUUCCGACACCAUAGCAUGGGCAUGCUUCAGCGGAAGACUACUGUGGAGUUUCCAUUGGACAAAAAAGACAUACUGUCCAAUCCAGUGGAUAAAGAUGGUAAACGAGAGUAUCGGACGACUAAGCGCAAGAUCACUGUCGUCGUUACAAUAUCACAGCUGCAGUCGACUAGCAGUGAUAUUCUAGAAAUUUGUCCAAGGUUCCGACUACUGGUAAUAGGCAAGACUGGAGUCGGAAAAUCAUCACUGAUCCAACAGGCAUUUAAAAUAAAUGAAGUGCAUGUUUCUGAACAUACGCGGGGCAAAGCAGAUAUCAACAGGGAAUUCGUCGCGCGAGAAAACGAGCGAUUUGUCCUCCACGACAGUGAGGGAUUCGAAGUUGGUGACAGCAGCAGUUUUGCGGAUGCAAAAGAGUUCAUUGGCUGCCGACGCGAAAUGCCCGAACUAAAGGACAAGAUACAUGCGGUCUGGCUCUGCCUCUCGAUACCUCAUGCCGAUGGACGGCUGCUCGAGAGCGGAGUAAAGGAGUUUCUAGAAUCGAGGAAGGAAAUAUUGGGAAAUAUUCCGAUCAUUGUCGUCUUCACCAAGCAUGACGUUCUCGUCGACAAAGUGGACUUUGAAGCUGAGGAAUCAGGAGAAUAUGAUGAAAACGCACUCGAAAAGCUCAAAAGAGAUGCUUUGAAUAAUCUGUGUGUAAAGCCACUCACAGAUGUAGCUGGAAGCGACGUCCUGCACGCAACGGUUUCCACGAAGAAUGGGUACGAGAGCACCGUACGACAGCUGAUCGAUCUCACAACCACGAACGUCGAACAAUUCGUGGACUCAGAAGCGGCAUUAGCCAUGAUGAUAGCUCAGCGGGUAAAUAUUGACCUUAAAGUCAAGGCGUCAAUCGCCGUCGGCAAGAAAAGAUAUUGGAGAGGCCUCGCUUCGAGCAUGAACUUCACGGGUUUCACCAUGUGGGACUGUUUGUCUUUGAUUCACAAGGACAUCAUUGCUGUGUGGAACUUCAAUGACCCUCGCUGUCACUUGGCCGAUGACAAGUUCAAAGAACUGCUUCUAAAAGAUCUGGAGAAGGACAACCUUCCGAAUACAGCAGGAACUUUUAAAUUCGGCCUCUCCGUGGUCGGGGCAAUAAUCGGUAUUUUGACACCGCUGGCAGCCCCGUUACUACCGAUCGUCGUGCCAAUUGCUGCAGGGGUGGUCGUGGCAAAGUGGGCUUAUGAUACUUAUCAACGAACAGACAUCGUCUUGCGGCGGAUCAUGACGUACAUCGUGGAUUUGACAUGUAUCAUGCAGAUCUUGUUCUUGCUAGCGCCAACAGGGUCCAUCUCUCGUCCCGUCGCCAAAAUCGCUAACAAAGCCUAUGAGGUGGCUUGCAAAAGUGAUGUCCACUCGGAGAUUCAAUCUUGGCAUAUGCCUGUAACUCCUAGUCGAAGAGACGAAGCGCUUGAGAAGAUUGUUGCACUGAUCGAGGUUCAUUCCAUCAAGGCUGACGAAGUUCAGGACCUGAGGACGAAGAUUGGGCCACACGUGGCGGGGUUGCAACUAGACGAAGAGUGGUAG